AAUAAGGACGAAGGCACACGGAAAAAGAAAGAAUCCAUUGUCGACUUAUCUCGUUUUAUUGACAAGAAAAUACGAGUUAAGUUCCAAGGAGGGCGAGAAGCUGCUGGCAUUCUCAAGGGAUAUGAUGCGUUGUUAAAUUUGGUACUGGACAAUUGUGUGGAAUAUCUUCGCGACCCUGAGAAUCCAGGAACAGUCGGAGACGAUACAGGAUCAGAUAUCACAAACAGAAUAAGCUUCGCGCCGUGA